AUGGCCUCCAAGGCUGUUUCAACAUGUGUAUAGACAUCCUCUGUGAGUCGCACGAACGUUUAGACCAGCAUGCCUGGUAAACUCGAAGAAGUCAUGGCCUUAAGCGGCCUAUCUCUCCCUGUACGGCGCAGAGCCUUGCUGCCGUGAGUGAUAGAGGAGAGUAUAAAAGGUUGAAAGGUGCCUUGCAGUCGACGAAGUCCCAAGACCAAGCAGUGGUGCUUGCCCAUAUUCGUCCUCUGCUUGUCCCACUCAAUACCUCAGCGAUGGUGGUCAUAGAAUCAACCGCCUAUCUCCUGACAGUCCACUUGAUUGUUCCCACCGUGCAAAGCACCUACCUACUCACAAAGUAUGCGUACCAUGAAGUAUACCAGAGAUCCAAACAAAAGCAUGGCCUUCAAGAUCAAAGCAAAGGCUACCCCGUCUGGUUCAGCUGGCGCAAGCACUACGCUCGCUACCACCAUGCAGUCCUCUACGUCGACGGUUGGAAGUAUGAAUUGCGCCUGUUGAACGGAGAGAAUGGUCGACCUGUAGCCAGUGUGACGAGGACUAGGGGUCCAUUCGAUCCCGGGAAUGCGGAUGGCAAAUUCGAGUGCUUCGUGGUUGGCUGGACGCAUAAAGAACAUGCCGAGAUCCAGAGACUAGCAGAGACUAUCAUCGCCGGAUGGGAAUACAACGAGACCACAAGGAAUUGUCAGCACUUUCUGGAGCAACUCGCCGACAGGAUUCUGGAGGAACACAACAAGUAUGGUCGGUACAGGAUGUCGGACCACCUUUCUAAGGGCUUUGGAAAGGCCGCUCCUGGCAUGUGCAGCGCGCGCUGCAGCGGAUGAGAAUCGUGUCAGGAGCGACGUGUUGAUGGGAGUGCGCGUCGACCUCAUGGCAUGAGUUGAUCGCGAGAAGCAUGGCUGGUGGGGAGGACCGGAGUGCUUGUGGCGGAAAGGAUUAGAGUCGCCACGCGAU